GGCUAUAAAACACGCCGCGGAGCGGGGCGGAGCUGCGCGUGCGUAAAGGAGAGGCUCGCCGCUGGCGGCCGUUGGAAAAUGGCGACUGUUACCGAGCUGAAGGCUGUUUUAAAGGACACCUUGGAAAAAAGAGGUGUACUAGGGCAUUUAAAAGCAAGAAUCCGAGCUGAAGUUUUUAAUGCCCUAGAUGAUGAACGUGAACCUCGACCACCAUUGUCUCAUGAAAACCUUCUAAUUAAUGAAUUAAUUCGGGAGUAUUUGGAAUUCAACAAAUACAAGUAUACAUCAUCUGUCCUUGUCGCAGAGUCUGGUCAACCUGUAGUUCCAUUGGACAGACAAUUUCUCAUCCGUGAACUGAACUUAUUUGAAGAACCAAAGGAUAAUACAAUACCUCUUCUAUAUGGAAUUUUAGCUCAUUUCUUGCAUGGCUCUAAGGAUGGCAUCCAGAAUGCAUUUCUGAAAGGGCCUUCACUUCAGCAUCCAAGCCCAAAUUUUGGCAGACAGCCUAGUAGAAGAAAGCAAAUGGAUGAUCACCUAGGAAAGGGGAAGGGGAAAAGUAUUAAUGUUGAAGAUCUUGAUGUUUCUCAAGCAGUGAAGAGAUGACACUUUCAUUUGGGGCAUUUUUUGUCUUAAAAUUGUAUGUAUUAAAUAAGUUAUUUAUUGUUCCAGUGUUACCAAAAUGUACCACUAAUAUGUGUGUAUUUUGUAGAAAUUGGAGUUUUCUGCAAAAACACUUAGCCCUUCAUGUUUUUCUGCACUUGUUAAUAAAAGCUAACCGUCAUCUAGCUUAUUGGAUUUGAUGUGAUAUAAACUGAGUGUUCUUUUUAGGAAGUAUUUUAAAGCUCCCUAACAACAACAACAACAAAUUUGUGAGACGUGAAGGGGCUUUUUUGUACCUUGUACAUUCUCCUAAAAAAAAGACAGGUCUUAUAGCCAUAUGCUCUGAAUUUCCUUCAGCUAGAAUUAUGUGGAUUUGCAGGAAAAGUCAGUUUUUAAAAAAUAUUUUUUAAUAAAACGACUAAUUCCUAUAAAGUUUAAUUUUUUUUAACUAGCUAUUUUUCACACAACCAUUUACAAUUAGGUUUAAAUGCCUGAAUUACUAUCUAAAGUUGAACUUUUAAACUAGAUAACAAUGUACCUUUUCUUUCCUUAGAGCAUUUUGGCUUCUACUGGAAGAUUUAAUUAAAAGGUAGAGGUGGAAAUAAUUGUUUUAAUUUUGCUGUAAGUAAAACAAAGAGUUGAUUUUAUUAUAUAAAGAAUGUGAAAGAAACAUGAAGAGACAGGCUUUGGGAGAAAUACCAAAAAGUACCUUUUAAAAGAUGGCAUUGUUUAAGGUCCAUGUGGCCUUCAGUUGUGCAAUAACAAGAUGAGCUAUGAAAGGGCCUACCCCUACUUACUUGGGCUCUUAUUAAACAUCAGUUUUAUUCUUGGAAUAGAACAAUUGUCAGUGCUAUCUCUAAAAUGCUGCAUUGAUAUUUAUUAAAGAAGUUUUUAUAAGGUAGAGUCUGCAGACUCAUUUCACUGAGAACAUCUAUUAUAGUAGACAGCUCCUGAUUAGCGAAAGUCUUAUGGUAUAUUCAGAAUAAAACUUUGCACAGGUACCUGUACACUGACAACAUUUAGCUUAAAUGUUUUCCACAGGGAAGAUUGAUAAGGGUUUUAGUCAGUGAAACUGGUAUUCUCUUCAGGGUGUUGAUUCUGUGCAGUCUUUGACAAUUACUGAAUACAGAAAAUCACUAAAAUAAUCCCCUUAAGCUGUACUUUUCAAGUCAGAGAAGUUUGACAGGCCCCGUUUGUGGCUAAAAUCAUAUAUACGUGUGGAAGUGUUAUAAGGGCCCAUUUCCAUUUUUAAAUGAAAUAUGUAAUUUCUGAUUAAUAUUAUGAAUGUCAUUAUAUUGUAUGUGGGAAUAUAAAUAUGUGAAUUCUUCCUAGAGGGCUUGGUUUACAUUCAAGGAUGUUGGCAGUGGACAGUAGUUUACCUCAGAAAUUGCAGUCAUGCAAGACUAGAUUAAGAAAGGAUGCUGGAGUUUACAGUUUUGAUUACUGAUAGAAAAUGAUCAAAAUGGAAGCUAAACAGGAUUGUCACAUGUAGUCCACAGUCCUUUCGUACGCAUUAUUCUGUAACUUGUUUGUACUUAGGCAACUUUUAUACUUUAAAUGUAUCACUUAAUAAAAAAAAAUUUAAACAACU